AUGAGAUUGGGUGCAUCUUCGGUACCUGCAGAGCAGGACGAAAUUACUAAUUUUUGCAAGUGGAUACUCUCAAUUGGAGACGACAACGAUGCUUCGGGUGACAAUGGUGAAAUGAAGGUAGAAAUUCCUGAAGAUUUGCUGAUGUCAGACACAACAAAUCCGUUGAUGUCACUUAUAGACUUUAAUGAUAACCUUGGUGACCAACUAUUUUUCCAAGAAAGGGGAAUACUCGCACCAACGCUUGAUUCAGUUGAGCAUGUUAACGAAUUUAUGAUGUCGCUGAUUCCAGGUGAAGAGAAAGAGUUGAAACUAAAGGUGGGAUGUCCAGUUAUGCUGAUGAGAAACAUCGAUCAGGCCAAUGGACUGUGUAAUGGUACUAGGCUGACAGUUACACAUCUAGGGAAGAGCACGAUAGCUGCUACCGUAAUUACAGGAAAAAAGGGCAGGUACUAG